AUGGAAAGUUAUUCUCCAAUCCACUAUACUUCUAUUCCCUCUUCUUUAAAUAACUGUCCCAUUUCAUCAUUAUUAUUGUUCCACACCCCAUUGGGGUGUCCAGUGUAUUUCUUGUUCUGCUGCCGUUUGAUUGCGAUUCCCCAGUUCCAAAUACUGUCCCCCACCACGGCGGUGUAUACUCCCAUUAGAAUGAGCACAACUCAGCCUCACCAUUUCCAUAGCAAACCAGAAACAAAUGCGCAGACAGAGGGCCCAAUUGCCAACAUCAUAUCAAUGGAAACACAAUCCAUUCAGAGUGACAUAAUAAACACACUAACACAUAUUUACUGGCGUACAAGAGGUGACACAAAUCACAUCCCUCAUAUUCAAUAUCAAUCCUUUGAUCCACUCCAGUGCAUUCACUUACACACCAUCAAACACUCCCAUUGUUGA